CAAGAAGCCUCCUCCUACCGUGUAUAGUCUUCUCUGUGGCUCUUCGUCGGUAUUCGAUAGUUAGACUUCGUCCACCCAUCACUCCGAAAUGAAGUUCGCCCCCAUCGUCGGCCUCGUUGUAGGCAGCCUAGCUGGACUGGGUACAUCAUCCCUCCACCGCCGCGACUUCGACUCCAACGACUACUACGUCCUCCAUCUCGAACGUAGCACAAAUCCAGAUGAUGUCGCAUCGCGGCUAGGGUUGAGAAACGAGGGUCAGCUCGGUGAAUUGGCAGAUCACUUCGUUUUCCGCGCCCCCAGGGCAGACCACGAUGUUGUCCGCAGGGAAGUCCAGGAGCGCCGGAGAAGACGCUCGCUAGGUGAUGUGGAUGUACUUGAUUCUGUCAGGUUUUCUCAAAAACAAAAACUACACCCUCCAAUGCAGAAAAGGGUGAUACCGCCACCUCCACACGGCUUCUUCCCGCGACAGAAACGAGCUGAUGAAGCGGAUGCUGAGGCGCUCAAGAAGCAGAAAUCGGUUAUGAAAACGCUGGGCAUCAGCGACCCCAUUUUCAAUGAGCAAUGGCAUCUGUUUAAUCCCAUUCAGCUGGGUCACGAUGUCAAUGUUACUGGCGUGUGGUUGUCAGGAGUCACGGGCAAGAACGCAACCGUUGCCAUGGUUGAUGAUGGUCUUGACAUGUAUAGCAAUGAUUUGAAACCAAACUACUAUGCAUUCGGGAGCUGGGAUUUCAACGACAAUCGAGCGGAACCAAGACCAACCUUGAGUGACGACAGGCACGGCACACGAUGUGCAGGAGAGGUGUCUGCAGCAAAGAACGAUGUUUGUGGUGUGGGUGUAGCGUACGACUCUAAAAUUGCCGGCAUUCGCAUUCUCAGCAAGCAAAUCAGCGAUGCUGAUGAGGCUGCUGCUUUAAAUUACGACUACCAGCACAACCAAAUCUAUUCGUGCUCAUGGGGCCCUCCUGACGAUGGAAGAUCAAUGGAUGCUCCCGGCACUCUCAUCAAAAGGGCCAUGCUAAACGGCGUCCAAAAGGGUCGCGAUGGGCUUGGGUCCAUUUACGUGUUUGCGAGCGGGAACGGCGCCCAAAGUGAUGAUAAUUGCAACUUCGACGGCUAUACCAAUAGCAUUUACAGUAUCACUGUCGGUGCUAUUGACCGACAGGGGCUCCACCCCUACUAUUCGGAGAAAUGUUCCGCUCAGCUUGUGGUGACUUACAGCAGCGGCAGUGGCGAUGCAAUUCAUACCACUGAUGUUGGAGAAAACCAAUGUUAUAGUGGCCAUGGCGGCACAUCUGCAGCUGCGCCUUUGGCUGCCGGGAUAUUCGCUCUAGCGUUGGAGGUCCGGCCAGACUUGUCGUGGAGAGAUAUGCAAUAUAUUGCUUUGGAGAGUGCCGUUCCCGUCGAUCUUGAAACUGGUGAGUGGCAGCCGACUACUAUGGGUAAACAAUACAGCCACACCUUUGGAUACGGCAAGGUUGACAGCUACGCUCUCGUUGAAACUGCAAAGACCUGGAAAAACGUCAAGCCUCAGGCGUGGUUCUACUCCCCAUGGCUUCACGUUAAGAAAGAGAUUCCUCAAGGCGACCAAGGGUUGUCGGUUAAUUUUAAAGUCACAAAGCAGAUGCUUGAAGAAGCUAAUCUCGAGCGACUGGAACACGUAACCAUCACCAUGAAUGUAGAGCAUACCCAACGUGGGGAUUUGAGCGUUGACCUUAUCAGUCCUGAUAAUGUCAUUAGUCAUAUUUCAGCGGUCAGGAAGCUCGACAAGAGUGAUCAGGGCUAUGAUGACUGGACAUUUAUGAGUGUUGUGCAUUGGGGAGAAUCUGGUGUUGGCACUUGGACAAUCGUUAUUCGUGACACCAAGGUUAACGAACACAAAGGUGUAUUCAUUGAUUGGCAUCUCAAGCUAUGGGGUGAAAGCAUUGAUGCUUCGAAGGCUAAAUUACUACCAAUGCCGAAAGAUGACGACGAUGCUGACCAUGACGUGACUACUACUGCGACACCCACGGCUGUCACAACUAGUUUGCCUCCUCAUCCUGACGCCACCAACACUGCCGUGACUACGUCAUUGCCAGAUGAUCAUCCGACAAGACCCGUGAAACCCAGCAAAACAGCAAGCAGCAGCGGGUCGUCGGCGGCUAGCACUAACACUCAGUCCACAGCUGCUGAAACAACUACCGAGAGCUCCUGGCUACCAUCUUUCUUACCUACGUUUGGCGUUUCAUCCAGAACUCAAGCGUGGAUAUACGGUGCUCUAGGUCUGAUCAUUACGUUCUGCGUUGGCCUUGGCGCAUGGUUAUGGUUGGUACGCCGCAGACGCCUCCGAAAUAACCCCCGAGAGAGCUACGGAUUUGAGCCUCUGAACCCAGAUGAUUCAUCGGGUCUGAAUGGAGACCGGGAGAAGAGCAACAAGCGCCGGGGAGGUGAACUGUACGAUGCUUUUGCUGGCGGAAGCGAUGAUGAAGAACUUGACGAUGGAGAUCACAGCAGCUUGGUCAGUGCAGACUCAGACGAUGAGAGGGAUGAGUCACCUAGAGACCAACAGAGCUCAAAGCUGCUUGGUAGUCGGACAUAAGCCCAAGUAAUAUUAUAGGCAGCUGGGUCCAGCCGCUUUCCGUCCCUUGAGCUUUAUACUGAAGCCGGGUUCUAGUUAUUUGAUUUCUGCUUACACAAUGCAUGAGGGUGUAUUACUUGUCCUAUAGAGAUAGCAUAGGUUUCCAUAAUUUGUACAUAGUGGGUUUAUUGAGAAACGUGAUACAUGGCGCUUAUUAAAAAGCGGCGUUGACAUGCUUCAUCCGUCCUUGGCCUUGUGCUGGAAAACUGUAUCGAUCAGUAUAGACUCGAAGGAUAGUAGUCGCAUCAAUAGACACGAUCACAACGAAGCACUCAGAACGCUACUGAUAAAAGUGGGAUUGGCAUAGAUAGUACCGUGGUAGAGUUCUA